AUGUCAGCUGCAGAGACGGAAGAUGCCAGGGCUGAUGCUGCGUUCGAUCGGCUCAUGGAAUCGAUCGGUAACGAUGGUCCGUUUCAGAAGCGAUACAACAUCAUCUUCAACGUGAUCGCGGUGCUGAUCGUCGCGAUGUGUGUGGUGAAUGUGCUGCUCGUACUGGUCGUGCCUGAACACCGGUGUCGGAUUCCGGUGGAACCUACAGAGAUUGGCAACGGAACGCAAGCAGAUCCAGGGCAGCAUCUUGGCUAUCCAAUGGAGACAAACAGUCGCGGCGAGUACGUCCCCAGUUCCUGCCUGAUGUACAACCAAUCCUCGACCAACGGCACCGCCACAAUGGCCUGCCAGUAUGGAUAUGAGUACGAUCGUACCUACUACGACCACACACCGAUAACGGAGCAGGAUUGGGUCUGCGAUCGAGAGCUCUACGGCACAAACGUGUUCGCUUUCGUGCGUGUCUCAGAAGUCUGUGGAACAUUCGUCCUCGGUCAGCUCGGUGAUCGCGUGGGACGACUACCGGUGUUUCUGGUCAGCGUGUUGACGACCCUCGCCGGCCGAACGCUGGCCAUCUUUUCCGCCCAUCACUACUAUCUGUUCGCUGCGUGCGCCUUCCUGGGCAGCUUCGGAACCAACACCGCCUUCCAGUCACCGCUGAUCAUCGUGAUGGAAAUCUCAAAAGACAGCCAAAGGGCCGCCCUAUCCUUAUGGCAGCUACUCGGCUGGACAGCAGGCGUGUGCAUUGCACCACUCGUGCUCUGGUGGCUCCGAGACUGGAGCUGGUUCCUGGCUAUCACUGCAUUACCCUGUCUGGCGUUCUUCUGCUUCCCGCGAUACGCCAUCGAAUCGCCUCGGUGGCUCGCGAACCAGGGCCGAUACGCCGACUGUCUGGUGCAGCUCCGUAAGAUCGCCACCGUGAACAAGCGUCCACUCGACCUCACGGAGGACGACCUACGGGAACUUCUGCCCUUGUUCAAGCCCGAACGAACGUACGGUAUCGCAUCACUUUUUGGAGGACUCCACAUGAGCCGCCUGACAUGCUUGCUGCUGGUUAGCUGGAUCUGCAACACCAUCCCAACGUUCACGCUGUUCCUGCUCAGCCUGCAGAUGGGUGGCAACCCGUUCCUGAACAACUUCUGGCAAGGUGCGGUCGAGCUGCCAGCCUACCUGAUCGGUCGCAUGUGUUGCGAUCGGUUCGGACGACGUUUCACCAACAGUGGUGCGUUUCUGGCCGCAGCCAUCGCUUGCUUUCCGGUGGUUCUGCUGAUACACCGUCCCGGAACCGAGCUGUACGCCUCCGGGCUGGCCAGCGCCGUGAAGUUCUGCAUUUGCGUCACCUACUUCGCGUUGUACCUUCAGUCGGUGGAAUUGUACCCGACGGCUCUACGCCAGACUGGAACCGCUUUCGGUAUCAUCAUAUCGAACGUGUUCGGUGCCGUUGGGCCCUACAUCGUGUACCUCGGGACGAGCUGGGACCUUCGGUUGCCAUUUGUCGCUAUGGCACUGUUUGCGCUUGUCGGUGCGUUUGCCUCACUGUUUCUGCCCGAAACGCUACACCAGAAGCUGCCCGAAACGCUUGACGAGGGCCGCCGGUUUGGGCGUGACCAGCCCUUUUGGGCCGUUCCGAAGCGACCCCAAACGGUCGCCACCGAACCACCGAAACCGGAACAGGAAAAACUCAACCCUGCCACUUCGUAGGGGCUGGUUCUCUCAUCAACCUAGCAGGGCUUGUUACCGAGCUCCUUGGGAUUUGCCGACG